AUGAUCAAGAAUAAUAAUAUAUUGAAAUAUUAUUCUAGUAUUACUCAUUUAUCAAACAAUUGUUCAAACAUUGUAUCGUCAUUUCAAUUGAUUAAAUGUAGUAAUACUAGUAGUAAACAAUUAUAUAGUACAAACAAUAAUAAUAAUAAUAAUAAUAAUAAUCAUAAUAAUAAUAAUAAUAAUAAUAAUAAUAAUUAUAAUCAACAACAACAACAUACAUUUACAAACUUACAACAACAAUAUCAAAGACCAAGAUAUUCUAUACAACUAGAUCCGUUAACGAAAUCACCUUUUAGUCAUGGUACAACAUCAUCUUCUACGAGCAAGUCUGGAUGGGCUCAUAAAAUACAUGCACCUGGUAGACAAUCUGAUCGAUCAGGGUCUUUAUCUUCGACUAUCAAGACCAAGAUGAUGGACAAUAGCAAUACAGGGUUAGGAACCCCCUUUUCACAUCUUGGCGGCGGCAGCAAUCCCAUCAACUCUUUACAACCAACACCUCAAUUUGGACCUGAAUCAAGAUCAUUCAAAGUGCUCGAAGUGGGCAUCAAUGGUGUCGCAAUGGACCAAAUCAUUUUCAAGAAUACUCUAUCACCUGAAAUGAAAUUACAAGCUCGUGAUUUACGUUCUAUCGAUAGUUCUUUUCCUGCUCAAAUGCCUGCAAUCUUGGCUAGAGAUAAAGUUUUCAUUAUAAGUAUUGGUUUUAUAAAAGCUAUUGUUCAAUACAACAAAAUCAUAUUAUUUGAUCCACAAAACACAAUGGUUAGAAAUGAAUUGGUGCCAAGUAUAAAGGAAUAUUUAGGAAGUCAAAACAAUUUAUUCUUUUCCGAAACUUUAACUUUACCUUUUGAAUUUAAGGUUUUAGAAGCUAUUUUAAUUUAUGUUUGUAAAAAAUUAACAACAGAACAUCAAAGAAUAUUUGGUUUAAUCCAAAAGGAAUUGGAUCUAUUAAAUGAAAAUCCAGAACAUAAUUUGGAAAAUUUAUUCCUUUAUCAUAAAAAAGGAUUGAAUCAAUUUGAAGUAACCAUUAAAGAGAUUACCGAUGCUUUGGAUAAUCUCCAUCAGUCUGAUGAGGAUAUGGCUCUCAUGUAUUUAACCUUUAGAAAUGCAACUGGUGGAACUAGAAAGAAAAAUCAACAUGAGGAAUUGGAAAUCCUUUUGGAAACCUAUAUGAGACAAUUGGAACAAAUAUCAAAUGAAAUCACUCAAUUAAAAGAAACACUUAGUAGUACAGAGGAAUUCGUUAAUUUCCAAUUGGAUACUGCACGUAAUAAAAUGAUGAGAAUGAAUUUGAUGGUUAGUUUGGUAACAAUGUCAGCGGGUAUGGGAUCUAUGCUUUCAGGAUUCUUUGGUAUGAAUUUAUUCAAUGGAUUUGAAACUCAUCCCUAUAGCUUUUAUCUUGUUUGUACUUGUAUUGUUGGAGGUGGUCUUACUACAUUUGCAGCCACCAAGAGAUAUUGUCAAGUCAAUAAUAUCCUUCCCUACACAAAUACAUCAAAAUUCCAAAUGAAGGCUGGGUUCAACGACAACAACCCCAAAUCAAUUUCAUAUAAGAAUCCUUUAUUAUAUGAUCAAUUCCAUUCUCAAAACCAUCCAGGUAUUCAAUUCCUUCAACAACAACAGCAACAACAACAACAACAACAUAGAUUAAUGCAAGAUACCUUUACCCCCAACUCCAACCGUGAAUCACAACACGCACAUCCAAAGAUUGGAUUAAUCAAGAGAAUGAGAAAUCGAUUUUGGAAAGAAUAA